AUGUCGCACAUGCAGUCCUCCGGCCGCGGUGGCGCCGGCAACAUUGUUGACAGCUCCAAGGCUCCCCAAAUCCAGCCCAAGGACCUGGAGACGCCAACCCUGAAGAGCGAAAUGGUCACGACUGGUCGUGGUGGCACCGGCAACAUGGCCGCCAAUCUGGAUGCCGAGGAGAAGCGCCGUCUUCAGGACGUCGAACCAGUUGUCCGUCGUGAGACCCAGACCGCCCACAUCGGCCGUGGAGGGACCGGAAAUGUUGUCAAGGCUGGCGCUGAUGCCUCUGACGAGAUUACUUCUGCUGCUCCCGGAUCCCCGAACCUGCUGACUAAGAUCAAGUCGAACGUCCUCGGUGGUGGCGACGCAAAGGAGGAAAAGAAGGAGAGGUCGAGCGGCGAGGGCGACGCACCCGAGACAGGUGCUGCCCACAGCAGGCGUAAGUCUGAAUCUACUGGCCAGGGGCUGGUAGAGAAGGGCAUCAAUCGUUUGUUCGGGAAGAAAUAG